CGCAGAAGCUCGACGACGUCGUCAAGGCGACGGCGGGCCUGCCGACGGGCCGCGUCGAGGCCGUGUCGCGGACCGUCGACGCGCUGGGCAGGGCGCUCCAGGACGCGUCGGCGUUCCUGGCCAAGUUCGCGAAGAAGGGCGCCUUCUCGAAGCUCUGCUCGGGCACGCUCGACGCGCGCACGUUCAUGCUCCUCGACAAGCGGCUCUGCGAGCUGAGCGGCGAGCUCGGGUCCGCGCUCGACCUCCAGCAGCUCGCGCUCCAGACGCAGCGGUUCCAGAAGAUCGAGGGCCUCAUCCAGCUUCUGGGCCAGCAGGCCGUCGACGCGAACAACCAGGCGGCCGCGCAGCGCGCGGCGCUCAUGUGCGGCAUCGAGCGGGGGUCGGCCGUGGAAAAGGAGGAGCUCUCGGAGCUCGGGCUCAAGCUCGACAAGCUCACGGAGGGCGUGGGCAUCGUCAUCAGCCAGAACGCGCAGCAGAGCGCGGCCAUCGAGGAGCUCAAGCAGGCGACGCUGGCCAAGAACGAGUCCGCCAAGGGCAAGGCGCUCGCGCGCCAGGACAAGGAGCGCGCGCUCGAGGCCUACGAGGUCGUCCUCGACUCGUGCGAGCCCGAGCCCUUCGCGCGCGGCGGCCAGGGCACGGUGCACCGCGCGGAGUUCCAGGGCGACGUCGUCGCGCUGAAGCGCAUGUCCAUGGUCGGCGUCACGGCGCCGAAGCGCGCGAAGAUGCUCCGGGACUUCUCCACGGAGCUCGCGAUCAUGGUCAAGCUGCGGAGCCCGCGCGUCGUCCAGGUCUUCGGGGUCGUGACGACGGACCCGUCGUUCCUGGGCUUCGUCGUCGAGUUCCUCGAGGGCGGCGACCUGCGCACGGCCAUCGACGCCGAGGACUACGCCGCGGCCGUCGACGAGGCGCAGCGGCGCCGCUGGCUCGGCGACGUCGCCCUGGGCAUGCAGUACCUCUACUCCAAGGGCGUCGAACACCGGGACCUGAAGACGCUGAACGUGCUCCUCGACGGCAACCGCCGCUGCAAGGUCACGGACUUCGGGCUCUCCAAGUCCGACGACCUCAACACGGCGGCGACGCAGGCGACGGCCGCCUCGGGGUCGGCCAAGGGCACGCCGGCCUACAUGGCGCCGGAGCUCCUCGAGUCGAACACGUUCACGGAGAAGACAGACGUCUACGCCUUCUCGAUGAUCGUCUGGGAGGUGCUCGACGGCGGCGUGCCCUGGGCAGGGCUGAACCCGAUGCAGGUCGGCAUGCAGGUCAUGGUCCAGAGGAAGCGGCCGCCGCCGCCCGCGGGCGCGCCGCCGGACCUCGUCGGCCUCAUGGAGCGGUGCUGGUCCCACGACCCGGCCGCGCGGCCGUCCUUCGAGGCCAUCAAGGGCUGGCUCGCCGGCGGCGCGGCGCCGCCCGCGUCGCCGGCCGCGUCCGCGGCGGCCCUCUACUCCCCGGCGCCGUCGCAGCUCUCCAUCGUCGGCGAGGAGCCCGCGACGAUCACGCAGACGCAGCGCUUCAUGGCGCUCGAGGUGCCGCCCGGCGCGCAGCCGGGGAUGACGCUCCAGGCCACGACGCCCGAGGGCACGACGGUCCAGGUCGCCAUCCCCGCGGGCCUCGCGCCGGGCAUGCGCUUCCAGGUCGCGUACUAGGAUGCGACUCGGAAAUGUAAAAUAGGGCCCCUCAGGUCUUGAUG